UUUCUCAGGCAUCCGCACACGCUUCGUCCUCCUCGCUCGGCUUUUCGGGGUGUACGGAUGAGGCGGAGGCUGACUCCGGGCUCAGUCUGUUACAGCAAACGGAUACAGCGGCUGCCGUCCUCCGCAUGAGAGAUGAGGGUGGGGGGACGACAGGCGAUUGAAAUAGGCUACAUCACUGCACGAUAAAAAAGAAACAUUUCACAUUGUAUGCGUCUCUGUUCUGUAAAAUGGCUCAUUUCGAGGUCUUAAUGACCUUCUUGCGCAUAUCAAACUGGUGUUUGCUGUGGACUCGAAAAAGCCAGAGCAGACCUUGGUGACCUUGGGAAGUAUCAAUCCAGCGCAUACAUGGGAAUUUCAAUGUUACUCUGACACACAGAGGCCACCCUGUACGAUGAACACCACCAAGCUACCCUCUGAGCUGGCAAGCAUCGUGCAGCCGGAGGUGCACAACAGCAGCUUUGGCCCUGUGCCGUCCCCUAAGUGGGCCCUAAUCCACACAGCCACGCUAGUGUCCUGCUCCCUCCUCCUCAUCCUCAUCUUCUGUCUGGGCUCCUACGGGAACCUCGUGGUGUUUCUCUCCUUCUUCGACCCUGCCUUCCGCAAGUUUCGCACCAACUUCGACUUCAUGAUCCUCAACCUGUCCUUUUGUGACCUGUUUGUCUGCUGUGUCACGACACCCAUGUUUGCCCUGGUGCUCUUCCUGGACGCUGGGGGCGGGGCCAGUGGUGUCUCCAAGGAGUUCUGCUUUGCUUUCCACCUGACCAGCUCGGGCUUCAUCAUCAUGUCGCUGAAGACCGUGGCAGUAAUUGCCCUCCACCGGCUCCGCAUGGUCCUGGGCCAGCAGCCCAACCGCACAGCCUCGCUGCCCUGCACUCUGGCCCUAACUGGUCUGCUGUGGGCAGCCAGCUUCGCUUUGGCCACGCUUGUCACCCUGCGAGCCCACCCCUGGAUGUCCAGACCCUGCCUACCCCGACUCGGCCUGGUUGGGGGUGAGGGCCGAGCUACGCUCUGCCUGUACCUGGCUGAUUUCAUCUUCUGUGUGGGCAUCGUCUCGCUCUCCUACGUGAUGAUUGCCCGGGCGCUGCGGAGGAAUGCGCAGGUCCGCAAGUGCCCUGUGAUCACUGUGGAUGCCACCCGCCCUCCCCCCAUCAUUGCCACGGGCUUUGAGGGCAUGCAGUGCGCCGUUCCCGUACCCGCCCUGUACCGAAAUCAGGCCUAUAACAAGCUGCAGCAUAUCCAGACGCACCCCUACACCCGGAGGGGCCCCCAGGCCCAGGCUGGGGCUCCCGGAAACCCCUGCUGCCAGUUGGCUUCCUCCGUCAACUUGGCCACGGCUAAGGACUCGCGGGCGGUGGCCACCUGCGUGGUGAUCGUCUUCUCCCUGCUCUUCUGCUGCCUCCCCAUGGCCAUCUCGCUGGCACGUGACGUACUGGCACCAGGAGGUGGUUUUGCACUCUACCAGUUCCAGCUGUGCGGCUUCACCCUCGUCUUCCUCAAGUCAGGCAUCAACCCCUUUGUGUACUCACGCAACAGCGCUGGGCUGCGCCGCCGUGGGCUCUGGUGCCUUCAGUGCGUGGCGCUGGGCGUGCCCUGCUGUGGCCGUAAGACCCGGUUGCGCGCCGUUGGCAAAGGCAGCCUGGAGGCAAACCGCAACAAGUCCUCGCACCACGAGACCAACUCGGCCUAUGUGCUCUCGCCCAAGCCACGGCGGCGUCUGGUGGACCAGGCCUGCGGGCCCAGCUGUGCUCGUGAGAGUGCGCCCAGUCCCCGGGCCACCACAGUGCGCCAGACCCGACCACCAAGCAGCUCCACGCCCAUCAACACGCGGAUCGAGCCCUACUACAGCAUUUACAACAGCAGCCCUUCGGAGGGGCCGAGCUCGCCAAACAGCCUGCUGCCUGUCAACUCUGCCUUUGGUUUUGCCAAAUCCUAUGUUGCCAUGCACUACCACACCCACCAGGAGGCGCUGCAGGACUUCGAGAGCACUUCUGUCCGCCAGAUCCCCAUGCCCUCUGUUUGACUGAUCUGUGGGGUCAUUCUGAUGUGGAGGGGAAGUGGAUUAAGUUUCACAGGCUCCUUGAUGAGGAAGUGCAGAAAGCCAUCAAACUUGUUCAAAGAAAAGACAACGAAACCGGCAGAUAUUAAAUUCCCAAAGCAACACCUUUUCAUUACACAGAAGGGCAGAACUCUAUUUUUAGACUGAUCUUACAUUUUUCAGUGUGACUUUGAGAUUGUCUUUUUUCUCAUGAAAGAUACUGUAUUUGUGAGAGUCUCAUACGUUUUAUAAGGUAUUAAAUGUAU